GCUCGGAGAAACAAAGAACGCGGGCUCUCCGGGCACCGGCGCGGAGCCCAGCACCCUGCCCGCCGCGUCUGGUUCCGGGACCAGCUCCCCCGGCCCGCGUGCUCCGCAGCCUCCCCCGCCUCCCGCGCUCGCUCGCUCGCUCCCUCCCGCUCGCUGCCUCCCCCACCUGCCAGGCUGGGAGGACGGCGCCGGGGCUCAAGAUGGCUUUAGCCGGGCUCUGCGCCCUGCUCGCCUGCUGCUGGGGGCCGGCGGCGGUGCUGGCCACGGCCGCGGGCGACGUGGACCCAUCCAAGGAGCUGGAGUGCAAGCUCAAAAGCAUCACUGUGUCGGCGCUGCCCUUUCUGCGCGAGAACGACCUGAGCAUCAUGCACAGCCCUUCGGCCUCCGAGCCCAAGCUCCUCUUCUCGGUGCGCAACGACUUCCCGGGGGAAAUGGUCGUGGUGGACGACCUGGAAAACACGGAGCUGCCCUACUUCGUGCUGGAGAUCUCAGGGAACACAGAGGACAUCCCUCUGGUGCGCUGGAGGCAGCAGUGGCUGGAGAAUGGUACGCUGCUUUUUCACAUCCAUCACCAAGAUGGUGCCCCGAGCCUCCCUGGACAAGAACCAACCGAAGAACCCCAGCAUGAGUCAGCAGAAGAGGAGCUGAGGAUCCUGCACAUCUCAGUCAUGGGCGGCAUGAUUGCUCUGCUGUUGUCCAUCCUGUGCCUGGUGAUGAUCCUGUACACUCGCCGGCGCUGGUGCAAGCGUCGCCGGGUCCCCCAGCCCCAGAAGAGUGCCAGCGCUGAGGCAGCCAAUGAGAUUCACUACAUUCCGUCUGUGCUGAUCGGCGGACACGGGCGGGAGAGUCUGCGCAAUGCCCGCGUGCAGGGCCACAACUCCAGCGGCACCCUGAGCAUCCGGGAGACACCCAUCCUGGAUGGCUAUGAGUAUGAUAUCACAGACCUGCGCCACCACCUGCAGAGGGAGUGCAUGAAUGGAGGGGAGGACUUUGCCAGCCAGGCCACUCGCACCCUGGACUCCCUGCAAGGCUGCAACGAGAAGGCUGGGAUGGACCUCACACCAGGAAGUGACAAUGCCAAGCUGUCGCUGAUGAACAAGUACAAAGAUAACAUCAUCGCCACCAGCCCUGUGGACUCCAACCACCAGCAGGCCACCCUACUCUCCCACACCUCCAGCAGCCAGAGGAAAAGGGUCAGCAACAAAGCAAGAGCUGGUUCUGCCUUCCUGAACCCUGAAGGGGAUUCUGGCACAGAGGCAGAAAAUGACCCGCAGCUGACCUUUUACACCGACCCCUCAAGGAGCCGGAGGCGCAGCAGAGUGGGCUCUCCUCGCAGUCCUGUGAAUAAAACCACCUUGACCUUGAUCAGCAUCACCAGCUGCAUGAUCGGCCUCGUGUGUUCCUCCCACGUCAGCUGCCCUCUCGUUGUCAAAAUCACCCUGCACGUCCCUGAGCACCUGAUCGCCGACGGGAGUCGCUUCAUCUUGCUGGAGGGGAGCCAGCUGGAUGCCAGUGACUGGCUGAACCCUGCCCAAGUGGUGCUCUUCUCCCAACAGAACUCCAGUGGGCCUUGGGCCAUGGACCUCUGUGCCCGGCGGCUCCUGGACCCCUGUGAACACCAGUGUGACCCCGAAACUGGGGAAUGCCUCUGCUACGACGGCUACAUGAAGGAUCCAGUCCACAAGCACCUUUGCAUUCGGAAUGAAUGGGGAACAAACCAGGGGCCUUGGCCUUACACAAUAUUUCAGCGAGGCUUUGACCUGGUUUUGGGAGAACAGCCUUCUGAUAAAAUAUUCAGAUUCACCUACACCCUUGGGGAGGGCAUGUGGCUGCCCCUCAGCAAGAGCUUUGUGAUUCCACCGGCUGAACUGGCCAUCAACCCGUCAGCCAAGUGUAAAACGGACAUGACAGUGAUGGAAGAUGCCGUGGAGGUCAGAGAGGAGCUGAUGACCUCGUCGUCCUUUGAUAGCCUGGAGGUUCUCUUAGAUUCCUUUGGACCAGUACGUGACUGCAGCAAGGAUAAUGGCGGCUGCAGUAAGAACUUCCGUUGCAUCUCAGAUCGCAAGCUGGACUCUACUGGCUGUGUGUGCCCAUCCGGACUGAGCCCCAUGAAGGACAGCUCUGGCUGCUAUGACCGCCACAUCGGGGUGGACUGCUCCGACGGCUUCAACGGCGGCUGUGAGCAGCUGUGUCUCCAGCAGAUGGCGCCCUUCCCGGACGACCCCGCCUUGUACAACAUCCUCAUGUUCUGCGGGUGCAUUGAAGAUUACAGGCUUGGUGUGGAUGGACGCUCAUGCCAACUCAUCGCGGAGACCUGCCCAGAGGGUGGUGACUGUGGGGAAAGCAGGGAGCUUCCCAUGAACCAGACCCUCUUUGGGGAGAUGUUCUUUGGUUACAACAAUCAGUCCAAGGAAGUGGCUGCUGGACAAGUGCUGAAAGGAACAUUCAGGCAAAACAACUUUGCUCGAGGUUUAGACCAGCAGCUGCCAGAUGGUCUUGUGGUGGCCACUGUCCCCUUGGAGAACCAGUGCCUGGAGGAAAUCUCGGAGCCUACCCCUGACCCUGAUUUCCUGACUGGGAUGGUGAACUUCAGUGAGGUGUCGGGGUACCCGGUGCUGCAGCACUGGAAGGUCCGGUCUGUGAUGUACCACAUCAGACUCAACCAAGCAACCGUCUCUCAGGCCCUCAGCAAUGCACUCCACUCCCUGGAUGGGGCUACAUCUCGUGGGGACUUUGUGGCGCUGUUGGACCAGUUUGGCAACCAUUACAUCCAGGAAGCUAUCUACGGCUUUGAGGAGUCCUGCUCUAUCUGGUACCCAAACAAGCAGGUCCAGCGGCGACUCUGGCUGGAUUAUGAAGACAUCAGCAAAGGCAACUCCCCAUCUGACGAGUCAGAGGAGCGGGAAAGAGACCCCAAGGUGCUAACGUUCCCAGAAUACAUCGCCAGCCUGUCAGAGACUGGCAACAAGCGCAUGGCGGCUGGAGUCCACAUGGAGUGCCAGAGCAGGGGACGAUGCCCCUCCUCCUGCCCCCUGUGUCAUGUGACCUCCAGUCCCGACACCCCUGCUGAGCCAGUUCUUCUGGAAGUGACCAGAGCAGCCCCCAUCUACGAACUGGUGACCGCCAACCAGACCCAGAGGCUCUUGCAAGAGGCCACCAUGAGCUCUCUCUGGUGCUCAGGGACUGGAGACGUCAUCGAGGACUGGUGUCGAUGUGACUCCACUGCUUUCGGAGCCGAUGGACUGCCCACCUGUGCGCCUCUCCCACAGCCAGUGCUGAGACUCUCCACGGUUCACGAGCCCAGCAGCACCCUCGUGGUCCUGGAGUGGGGACACUCAGAGCCUCCCAUCGGGGUGCAGAUUGUAGAUUACCUCAUCCGUCAAGAAAAGGUCACUGACAGGAUGGACCACUCCAAAGUGGAGACAGAAACAGUGCUGAGCUUUGUGGACGACAUCAUCUCUGGAGCGAAGUCCCCUUGUGCCAUGCCCUCUCAGGUGCCAGACAAACAACUCACCACCAUCUCUCUGAUCAUACGAUGCCUGGAACCUGACACCAUCUACAUGUUCACCUUGUGGGGAGUGGACAACACGGGACGGCGCUCCAGGCCAAGUGACGUGAUCGUGAAGACCCCUUGCCCCGUGGUGGAUGAUGUCAAAGCCCAAGAAAUAGCAGACAAGAUCUACAAUCUCUUCAACGGCUACACCAGUGGGAAGGAGCAACAGACUGCCUACAAUACCCUUCUGGACCUCGGUUCCCCCACGCUGCAUCGAGUCCUCUACCACUACAACCAGCACUAUGAGAGUUUUGGAGAAUUCACCUGGCGGUGUGAGGAUGAAUUAGGCCCCAGGAAAGCCGGGCUCAUCCUUUCCCAGCUUGGGGAUCUCAGCAGUUGGUGCAACGGACUCCUUCAGGAACCCAAGAUAAGCCUGCGACGCAGCUCCCUCAAGUACCUGGGCUGCCGCUACAGCGAGAUCAAGCCCUACGGACUUGACUGGUCAGAGCUCAGCCGGGACCUCAGGAAGACGUGCGAGGAGCAGACGCUGAGCAUCCCCUACAACGAUUACGGGGACAGCGAAGACAUCUAGUACCGUGAUACCAGACAGUGGCUGCCAAACCGAAGUAGGAGACAGGAGGGGGAUAUCUGGGUGUGUGUGUGGAUUUUUAAUAUUUUUUAAUGGAACAUUAAAACCUCUAAAUCAGGGAGAGGUAACAUUUAACCCAGGGAGAAAUGACCCUUCUCCCUGCAGAACGUUUUUGGUAUGAUGUUCUCCACCUGUGCAAUCAGGAAACCUGCCAGCCAGCAGCUGCAUGCAGAGCCAUCUGUCUUUAGGGGAUGACUCUGAGGUGUGUUUUGCUGCUGAUUUGUUUCGUUCAUUUCUUUUUUUCCCAAGAGAUUCAUCAAAAUGCUCAAGAGUUCUGUCAUGCUUCCCGUGAGAGGUUGAGGGGCCCUGUACUCACCCUGAGGCCAUUACAACUGGGGACAGAGAUGAGGCCAGAAUGUUGGUAGCAGGCUGGCCUCAGGCCCCAAGCCUUAGGAAGCAUCUCACUUUGGGAGUCUAACCUCUGCUCACAGAGAAAGACAAGAAAAUGGGCAGGUGGUCCCUCUGCAGGGCUGGUGUGUUCCCCUCAGAACUUCUUAUUGCUGUCUUCACACCUCACAGUGAAUUGGCCCCCCUUAUGGGCCCCUUUGGGCCACUGGGAUUUUUAUGGUUCUCACCUUUUCAAGACUGGACUGGAACGCAUUCUCCCUCUGGCAGGUCUCUGCUCUCCCCUCCAAACAUUAUGAUCUGCAAGAGGAAACACAACGCUGCCUGUCAAAUGCACCAUCAGAGCGGUCUACCUGGGAGACUAGAUUCCAGCCCACACUCUAGAGAAGAAGUGGAGUUUAUUAUUUGUAAAAUCUCCUGUGCCUGCAGGAUGAACUUCUCCAGACACCAAUAUGCACCACAUGUCUGGAUUCUCUUUCAUGUUCCAGCCACUUUCUCUGGACGGAUAAUGGCUGAUGUCUGCUCUGAUCCAGGUGUUAAUAUGUCCAUGUCAGUGUUUUAAUGAACUAAAGCUAUUACUGAUCACAGAAACCUUCUGUGCAUUGCCCCCUUGCUAAAUCUGCUUAAUUAUGUUGCUAGUUUUGCAAAUCAUUUCUCUGGGCAACCAUCAACGGGAGAAUGCCACCAUUUCACCUCCUGUCUAGUUGCAGGAAAGAGCAGAGAUUCUGUGCAGGCAAGCUCCCCUGACUGCAGGUAAGGGCCAGGCCCAUUUUUCUGCUCCACUGCCUGAGUGUUGGCAUGGGCAUAUGGUGGCCCAGCUAACAGGAAGCACAGCCUUUCAGACACAGCUUUGCAGGGCCAUGUGGACCAGUGAUGUCCUUAGCUGCCCACACACACCUCCAAGGCCAGAACACACACUCUCAGCCACUCUGCCUUUGCCCAGGGCUCCUCAUUGGAAACAUGUGAGAAAGGUCAGGAAGGAGAUGCAGGAACUCUAAAGCAUGUCACUGAGCUCUAUUGGUCUUUUUCUAAAUAGUAAUGACAGAUCACAUUCCCCGAGUGCUUACUGUGUACCAGAUGCUGCUCUAAGCACAGCAUAUCAUCGAGUUCCUGAGACAAGCUCCCUGCCCCAAGGAAGUGCUAUUCUUGGCUCCACUUCAGUGAUGAGCAAACUGAGGAAAGAGGUUAGGCAGGCAACUUUCAAAAUGCCUCCUUUACUCUCUGCCUGUGCUAUGGUGUGCAUUCAGGCUGUCAGAUUCCAGGGCACAGGAUUUUAACCCUCUGCCACCCUCAGCCCUGUUUUCAUUAUUGCCUGUGACAUGCAGCUGUCUGAGCUCUGAGCUCCAGGGGGACCUGCCCAGAAAGAUUUCCCUUUCUCCCACCUGCGUGGUAUGGAAGUGCCCAAGUGCAGCGGGAGGAGGAGCCAUGGUGCGCCCUGACCUCUGCAGCUGGAACACCCUUUGGCACCACCGGGACUGCAGCUCAGGCCUCCCGCUCGGGUGCCUGGAAGCGCGCCUGGGAGAGGGCUGCCCUGCAGACGCUCUCACACCCCUCCCAGCCCCUCCCCGCCCCUUUCCAAAGAAAGACUAAAAGUUCUCUUUGGUGCCCUGGGAGCACAUGCUUCAUUGCCUCCCCUGCUUGCAGAGCAAAGGCUAGGAGAAAGCUCGGCCAUCCCACCUGGGUCCGUGGAGGGCCUCAGGUAAAAGGCCUCAAGGGACAUUUCUUGCCAUCACCAGAGAGGGAGAUGCUAGAGGCAGCUGGCCACUAGCAGAUGGGGCUGUCAAGGCCAAGGGAGGAGCAUCUGAGCUGCUACUAUGUGCCUGUCCUUCGCUCAAGUCUGCACAGAAAAUGGUCUACCCAGCAUGAUGGGAGGUCGAGGCUGUUGCCGCAUUCCCGCCCUAGAGGUGGGUGAGAUGCGAGCCACUGGGCCAGGGAGGGAAUGCAAGGAGCGGCAACAGGGUCACCCUUUUCUGUCCCCUCCUGUUUAAUUAAAAUAAAAGAGGCUAUCUCCUUCUCCCCACCUCCUCCCAGCCCCCAAACCCCUCCGCCCCGUUUUCAUCUGCUUUCCCUUUGUCUUCUCCUGUCAGUGACCCUCCCUCCUUUGCCCCUUCGUUCUCCUCGCCUGUCUUUCCCUUCAGUGUCCCCUCAUGUCCUCCUCACUGCACCCUUGUGUGCAUGCACAGCCACACACAUGCACACCCACCCACACGCUAUGCAGGCACUUACCCACCCACACAGCACACACUCACACACACACGCACACGCUACCCAUAUACACUACACACACACACACACACACACACACACACACACACACACACAACCCCAGUGUCUGGGUCCUUCUUCUUUAAAGUUAAGAGGAAGGUCAACAUGAAUGGGGCAGGAGAUAGACUUAAGGUGCCCUGAGGAUUUACCUGGAAGAUUUUUGCCCUAGGAAGACACUACCCAUCACAGUCGGAUGACAUUUCCCAAGGCUUGCCUGGAGGAACCCACCCUGACUAGAAAGAGUGACGGUACUGGGCCAGCACGAACCUCAAGUUUCCAAGCCGCCAGACAGUCUUAAGGGGUCUGAUUUCUACCAAUGCUCUCCCAGUGCCAGGGCUCCCUGCAAGCCUGCGGUGUUCCCUCUGGAAUGGACCCGACCCCUUCUACUAGGAUUAGGUCUUUGACUGAGUGUGCCAUCGUUUCCCAUGGAGCUGGGUCCAUUCGUUAUUUUUAGUUAACCACACUUCUUGAUAUUCAAUGUUCUAUUAAAAAACUGAGUGUGAAAAAAAAAUCCACUUUACUACUAUAGAAGGAAGAAACAAUAUAAUGUGACCAACUUCAGGUAUAACAGUAUUGUUUAAAGACAAUUAAUGUACGAUUAUAAAAAAAAUGAGAUAAUCAACUAAGUAAUAAACAAAGCUGUUAGUAAGUG